AUAAACACCCUUUCGCUUAUCCCUUCACCAGCAGAGACCAGAUAGUCAUACAGAGACAGAGACAGUGCAAGCAAAAAUGUGUUGCGGUGAUGGCGACUGCAGACCUUUGGGUUUCCUACUCGGUCUCCCCUUUGCUUUCCUUUCCCUUCUUCUAUCAAUCAUCGGCGUCGUCGUCUGGAUCGUCGGAUUGUCGUUGACAUGCAUAUGCCCCUGCUGUUUGUGCCUUACGGUGUUAGUUGAAAUAGCAAUCGAGCUGAUUAAGGCUCCGAUUCAUGUCAUGGAAUGGUUUACUUCGAAGAUUCCUUGUUGAGUUGUAGUUAUGAAACCUAACUUUGUGUGUGAUUAUUCGUGCAUAGUGAAUUACACUUUUUAGCAUCUUCUCAAUGUUCUUUUGAAUAUUUAUGAUAUGGUGAUUUGAUUACUUUAUUACUUUA